AUGGGCGGCGGCAACGACAAAUGGAUUGCCCUCCUGGCCUGGACCCUCUUCUCCUUCAUCGCCAUCUCAUCCCAGGUCUUUGUCUUCUGGCCAUGGCUCUUUGGUUCCUGGACAACCUCCUCCGCCUCACGCCACACCGCCUUUGUGCCAAUGAAUCCUGUCGAAGCACUGGAUCCGCUUGAGAACGGUCUAGGGAUGCAGCUGCUAGGAGGAGUCGAGGAUGGUAGUAUUGGCGAGAGCAGCAAUGGACCGACGUUUGGAUAUCUGUCGGUGAUGUGGGCCAAUUUGAAUGUACGGGCGCUGUUGUACCUGGUUCCGUUCAACUGCUCACUCGUCAUGCUGUGUUGGAAUUACUAUCUGACCAUGACGACCAACCCGGGAUCACCUCCGCUUGACUGGUGCCCCCCAAUUGACGGAGCUAGCAUGGAGUACAAAACCACAACGCACACUCCUCGCUACUGCCGCACCUGCGACGCUUACAAACCACCUCGGACACACCACUGUCGAACAUGCAAAAAAUGCGUCCUCAAGAUGGACCAUCAUUGUCCAUGGGUCCGGAACUGCAUUGGUUUCUACAACUAUGCCCACUUUGUACGCUUCAUUACCUGGACAACCAUCUCGACCUUCUACUGUGCAGUCCUACUCAUCCUCCGGUGCAUUGAGGCCUACGAGAAUGAAAAGCUCGGACUCAAUCUGCAGAAUGCGCCAACUCAGGAACAGAUGAUCAUGAUAGUGGUGAACCUGUGCUUGGACGGCUCUGUCUUGUUUGGGAUAAGUGUUUUGACCACAUACCAUUUUUGGUGCAUCUCCUGCAAUACCACCACCAUUGAGAGUUGGGAGAAGGACCGAGUUUUGACCAUCAUCCGCCGAGGCAAGAUUCAUGAGGUUAAGUGCCCCUACCAUCUGGGUGUGUUGACAAACUUUCAAGAGAUCCUUGGCCAGAAUCCUUUGCUGUGGUUGUGGCCUCAACCAAUGCUUGGGGAUGGCAUUCAGUUCAAGAUGAGGAGUGACAUAGGAGAUCGAGAUGAUUCUGAAUUUGAAUUGCCAGUGUCGUUGUUGUCAACAUCGCCGUUGUCGCUCAAUGACACAUCGGUAGCCGCACAUGCAGCAGGAGGAGGAUUACCCUUGUCGUCGUCGUCGUCGUCGUCUUCGCGGUCUCCGAUGUCAAAGCGCUGGUUUGGUCCGACGGAGGUGCGGCAAUCGCGUGUUGAUGAACUGGUGGAGAUGGUUUAG